GAUCAGCAGAUUUUCUUUUACAGUCUAUUUAAUUCACAAAUAAAUGCACCUUUAUCAUACACAGAAUCUCAGAAGCUGUCUAUAAAAUAAAGCACGAACAUACUGAAGCUUGUAAGGCCUCAUAAGGCCUCACAAAGCACAUCACAUUUAUUUAAGAACAUGUUUUACACAUUAGGUCCCUGUUUGUUUGUUUGUUUUUUAAAUACUUGGUCAUUUUACACCAGAUAUCCAUAAAUCCUUUGAUUGAAACAAUAUUCAUUGCCGUUUAAUUUACUUGCAUAAAGGCUUUAACAGUGUGUCCAAAAGUCCAAGUUAAGUCAUAAUUCGUAGUGUUUAAUAAAACUGUCUGCCAUUUAUUACAUGUCAGUUUUUAGAGCCAGCACAAAGGGGAAAAUGAAUUUUUGCAAGCAUAGCUUUAACCCUUUAAAGUCCACUAUUAAAAUGAACCACUUCUAGCUUGUGUUACAGGUUAUAUAUGGGAUAAAAGUGCAUAUGAGAAGAAAAAAAAACCCUACAUACGCACUCAUCGGCCACUUUAUUAAGUACAUCUAGUUAGUACUGGGUUGGACCCCCUUUUUCCUCCAGAACUGCCUUAAGUCUUCAUGGCAUAAAGUCAACAAGGUGCUGAAAACGUUCCUCAGAGAUGUGGCUCCAUAUUGACAUGAUAGCUUCAUAGUUUCUGCACAUUUGUCAGCUGCACAUUCAUCCAUCUCCCACAUCCCAAAAGGUGGUGUACUGGAGUAAGAUCUGGUGACUGUGGAGGUUAUGUUAUGCUGCUGGAGGCAGUCAUCCUAAGAUUGAUACACACUGGUUAUAAAAGGCUGAACAUAGUAAGAUUGUACAUUUAAAAUGUGCAUUUAAAAAUGCUUAAUUGGUGCCAAGAGGCCAAAGCAUGCCCAGAAAAUAUUCACCACGCAAUUACACCAUCACCAGCAAUCUGAAAACAUUUUCUCCCAGAGAAAAAUACAGCUCACGGGAUAUUUUCAGUUUUCUAAAAACCCCAGAGAUGGUUGUGCGGUAAAAUCCAAAUAGAUCAGUAGUUUCUAGAAUACUCAGACCAGGUUUGCACCAUAAGGGCGUCUAAAGAAAAAGAGAAACAUUUGUUGCCCAUUCUGAUGCUCAGUUUGAACUUCCCUAAGUUGUUUCACAUUGCUUAAAUGCACAGAGUUUUCAUCAUGCGAUUGGCUGAUAAGAAAUUUGCAUUAACAAGCAGUCAAACAAGUGUCCCUAAUAAAAUGACCAGUUAGUAUAUAAUCUCCAUCAGCUUGUUCAUCAGUUUAUGAGAUUUAGUAAAAUGCUUCACCCUCAGUGUCUUUGUAGUCACUCCAGCUAUCCAGCCAUUCAUUUUCCUAGUCAAAUUUUGGUCUCAGGCAAGGCAGACUGACCUGGCUGAUAUAAGAGAGGCGAGAUGGAAGCGCCUAUAGAGGAGCAUGUCUGUGGUUCCGAGUGUGGGAGGAGACUGGAGCACACAGGGAGAACCUGUAAACUCCACAGAGAAACACUCCAGCCGACCAGGAGACAGCUCAGUUUGCAGACUGAAGAGAGAACCAAGACGAACACUGGGAUCACGUAAGGAAAUCUACUCCGCAAAGAUCUCCAGAGAUUUCUCAUCCUCUAACAAACUUUAAAAAGCAAAAUAAGAAAGUUACAAUGGCGACACCCAAAAACACUCCACGAGGUGCAAACACACCACUUUCUCCCAACCGGAUCACCCGUCUCCAGGAAAAGGAGGACCUCUGCAAUCUAAACGAUCGACUGGCCGUCUACAUCGACAAGGUCCGCUCUCUGGAGGUUGAGAACGCCGGGCUGCGUCUGCGCAUCACCGAGUCGGAGACAGAGGUCAGCCGGGAGCUGACGGGUCUGAAGGCCGCCUAUGAGACGGAGCUGGCAGAUGCCCGCCAGACACUGGACUCGGUGGCCAAAGAGCGAGCACGGCUGCAGCUGGAGCUGGGCAAGCUGCGAGAGGACCACAAGGAGCUGAAAGCCAGGAACACUAAAAAAGAGUCAGAACUGGGGGGAGCCUUGCAGAGGCUCAAAGACCUGGAGGCUCUGCUUAAUUCGAAGGAUGCUUCCUUGACUACGGCUCUGGGAGAAAAGCGUAACCUCGAGGUGGAAAACAGGGACCUGAAGGCGCAGGUUGCCAAGUUGGAUACCAGCUUGGCCGAUGCCAAGAAGCAGCUGCAGGAUGAGAUGCUGAGGAGGGUGGAUGGAGAGAAUCGCAUCCAGACUCUGAAAGAGGAGCUGGAAUUUCAGAAGAACCUCCACUCUGAGGAGCUGCGGGAGAUAAAGAGGCGUCAUGAGUCCCGCGUGGUUGAACUGGAUAAUGGCCACCAGCAGGAGUUUGAAUGCAAACUGGCCGAGGCACUGGCGGAUAUGCGCAACCAGCAUGAGCUGCAGAUUAAAAUGUACAAGGAUGAGAUCGAGAAGACCUACAACACCAAGCUGGAGAGUGCUCGUCAGUCAGCAGACAGGAGCAGCCACCUGGUUGGGGCAGCACACGAGGAGCUCCAGCAGAUCCGAGUACGCCUGGAGUCCACGUCGACUCAGCUCAGCCAGCUACAGAAACAGCUGGCAGCUCGUGAGGCAAAGAUCAGGGACCUUGAGGAUGCUCUGUCGCGGGAGCGGGACAGCACGCGUCGCCUUCUGGGUGAGAAGGAUCGAGAGAUGGCAGAGAUGAGGCACCAGAUGCAGCAGCAGCUCGAUGAGUAUCAGGAACUCCUCGAUGUUAAGCUGGCCCUGGACAUGGAGAUAUGCGCCUACAGGAAGCUGCUGGAGGGAGAAGAGCAAAGACUGCGUCUUUCGCCCAGCCCUCCUCCUACCAGGGCGGCGGGAAGUCGAUCCUCUACUUCUGGAGCUCUCUCUCGAUCUAUCCACCACAGCGCUCAGAACUCCCCUGCUAAGAGACGUCGCCCUAACGACACCGACAGCGAGGCCUCCAGCUUCGCCGGUGGAGCCGUUUCCCGCACUCGCAUCACCCAGCAGGCUUCGGCCAGUGGACGUGUCACUGUGGACGAGGUGGAUCUGGAUGGGAAAUAUGUCAGACUCAGCAACAAAGCUGAUGAGGAUCAGAAUCUGGGGAACUGGCAGGUGAAGCGGCAGGUGGGAUCUGGCACUCCCAUCGCCUUCAAGUUCCCAGCUAAAUUCACCUUGAAGGCUGGUCAGAGGGUGACGAUCUGGGCCUCUAAUUCUGGUGGAACUCAUAAUCCUCCAUCUGACCUGGUGUGGAAGAAUCAGCCCUCCUGGGGCACCGGAGACCUCUUCCAGACUACUUUGAUCAGCACUAAUGGAGAGGAAAUGGCAAUGAGGAAGGUCACCCGCACUCAGCUUGAAGAAGAAGAUGAUGACAUGCAGGUGGCUCACAGCACCUGUGGGGACGGCGAGUACAACCUGCGGAGCCGGACGGUCGUGUGCGGCUCAUGCGGACUUCCUUCAGAUAAAUCCAGCAACUGCUCCGUGUCCUCUGCUUCCCGCUCCUUCCGCAGCGGAGGCAUCUCCGAGGGUUUACUGCCCCACUCCUACGUGUUCAGCACGAGCACACCUCGCAAGACUGGAGGCAGAAUGGAGAGCUGUCCAAUCAUGUGAAGCCCUGGGGCCACUACACUACAUUUUCUAUAGCUUCUUAGGUAUCAGUUGUUGAGUUAUCUGGUAUGGUUUUUAGUUCAGUUUAUGUACUUCCAAUUUAAUUUCAAGUUAUUGAAUGCCAGAAAAUUUUAUACUGCUUUUUAUAAUGUACAUAUGCAUGAAUAAGAAUAAUUUUCCAGAGCUUAAAGGUUAAUUGGGGUUAGCUUUGUUGUUGUUUUUUAUAUUAGGGACAUUAAGGUUGGAAAAUGUAAAACAGUUACUUUAACAUUCAUUCGUUUUAAAAACUUAAUUCAAAUUAAUUUCAUUAUACUCUAUAGACACUCUGACACAGCAGGGUUGUGAUCAGUUUACCAAAAUUACCACAUCACAUGUGCUGUACCAAUGUACCUGCACAUGUGAUGUGACAAUAAAAGUGAUUUGAUUUGAUUUGAUUUGAUUUGAAAAAAUUUAAAACUUCUUUUGAAAACUUUUUUUUUCUCAUUAAAGCUUCUUACACAGGGAAGGUAAAAUGAACCCAACCUUGCUACAGAUCUACAGAAUAUUGUCGGGCUUUUUUAUUAAAAUGAAUAAACGUGUUUUCAGAAA